AAAAGACACCCACGUAGUAUGCUGUCAGUCACUUUCAUGUCAACCACUAAACUAAAAAAACACAAUCCUUCUGUUGCUCUUUAUCGAGUCAAAACUAUCAAUAUCACCAAGUAUAUAAAUCAUGAUCUGUUAAGCUAAUCAAAAGUUUCUGGGUAUCGCUUAAAUCCUACGCUUUUAAUUUUAGCUGGGUGGUCCAAACUCCAAAAUCCCUACAUCCUACUUUUAUCUUUUUUGUUUUCUUAAUAUAUGGAACCAAAAAGAUGCUGAUUUGGACUCUGGAUUUGGGUUGCCAUUAAUGGAAGCGCUUUAAGAUUCUAGGGUUGCUUUUCUUGUAUUCUGAAAGGAGGGCCCUUUGAUUUUAGGGGAUAGGGGGGCCCUUUCGCUUGAAGGAAGACGAUGAAGGAGUUGAUAGGGAGUCCAGGAACGGUGAGUGGGUUAACCCUAAGGAUAACCCAAUGUGCAUUUGCUGCUGCUUCCAUUGCAGUCAUGGUUUCUGCCUCUGGUUUCUCAACCUACACCGCUUUCUGCUAUUUGAUUGCAUCUAUGGGGCUACAAAUGUUAUGGAGCUUUGGACUUGCAUGUCUUGAUGUAUAUGCUUUGAGGAGGAAGAGAGAUCUUCAUAAUCCAGUUUUAGUGAGCCUAUUUGUUGUAGGUGAUUGGGUUACAGCUAUGUUAUCCCUGGCAGCUGCAUGUUCAUCAGCUGGGGUUAUAGUCCUGUAUGCAAGAGACUUGGACUUCUGCAGAGUUCAAAGUAAUCUCUCUUGCAGGCAAUUCGAAAUAUCGAUAAUUUUGGCAUUCAUAACGUGGGUUCUGAUUGCAAUGUCAUCUCAUGUCAUGUUCUGGAUCUUAGCUGCUUUCUGAAGGACUUGGGGGUUCCCAUCCUUAUCAGUGACAUGUAAAUGCUUCUUUUUUCUUUUUCUUCCCCAUGCCUUAAGUUUUGACAAUUUUGGAGAAUUGGAGAAGUUUUGCAUUUGCACAUCAAAGAUUUUUGUUUUUUAUUCAGUUUCAUUGAAAUCUUUCUUGUUCUCAACCUAAUUUUCAACCAUUAACAAACAAUCUUGUCAAAUUCUUGUGGAUCGCUUGUCGGUGUGGGUAGCAUCUUUGGGAUCUUAAAUAAGGUCUUGAACUGAGAGGCUUGUGAACGUGCUUUUCUUACGUCUUACAGACUUCAUGUUUUGUCUAAUGUGUAAUAGUGUCAUGUUUGAUCAAGAGAUAAGCACCAAUAUCCA